CGUAGUACGUGCAAAAGAUGGCUGAACAGYUCCACCAAAUAAUCCAAUAUCCUGAAUUUAAUCCUUAAAUUGCGCCAACUACGCCACAAACUGUCUUAGGAAACCUCAAAUAAAGCACGAUGAAUAAGGUAGAACAAGCUGUCUGCAGAAUAAGAGAAAAACUGCCCGAUAAUCAAGGAUUUGUGACGUUAGGUGUCGGUUGUGUUGUGAAAAAUGAAGAACUUUCCACAAGUCUUGGAUGGAAGUGUCCUAAUCUUAUAGUCACUUCUUCAGCCGUAUUAACUCCAGAACACCUGGACCUUGACAGGAUAUUCCUUGCUGAGUUUCUCGUUUUUGAAAAGAAGGGUUUUGAAGUUUUUGACUUGAAGCUCGCUACAGAGUUUUGCAAAACAAUUUCGAGUCGUGCUCUGAGCGAAGAAGAAGAACAACAACUUCCAAAUGAGCGAUUGACUGUAAUUUCCACGGAACCAUUAGAUAAACGAGGUUUUCUCAAGCGGAUGGUCAAGAAAAGCAGCCUCCAGACCACAAGACCUAUUGACUGUUUUGAUUUUCAGAACUUCGAUAACGAGCUCUCAAUGGAGGGAUUUUUUUGCAACGUGAUACGCGAGUUUGGUUCWCUCGCCCAUGAAUUCGAGACAAGAACCUAUAAAUUUAAACGAAACGAAGAAAACCACGGAUAUUUUCUCGAAGAUUUUGGACAGCAGGCCGUAGAACUAGACAUACRAAGAUUCCCUGAUGAUCAGAAACCCCUAGGAGGGGUAAUUUUUUCGAAAGUAGGAGCUUAUGUUGGAUGUUUGGGUUAUGCAACUACUCAAAUCGAGCCUUCCUUCCUCCCGUCUUCAUAUUUCCAAGMGGCUGAAACCAAAGAAGAGACUCAGCCAGAAGAAGAAGAGAAAAAAGAAACAGAAUUGUUAGUUGAAGGAGCUGCAACUGUAGACAAUACAAAUGAAGUAGACAAGCUGCCGAUUGAUGAAAACAAAAAUGAAGAGCAACAGGGGGUAUCUACUGAAAAAAAUGAAGAUAUACCUCUUAAAGAGACAGAAGAAAAGACAACACCAGAAGAGAAGGAAGAUACCAACUUAGGAGAAGAAACUUCACAAUCAAAUGAACAAGAAGAAACGAGAGCAGAAACACACGAAGGAGAAGAAACUCAAAGUGAAAAGGAAUCGUGUGAAAGCAGUCAAAUCAUUGACACUGAAAAGGGGGUUUCAGGUGAAGAGGCAUUUACAGAAUGUCCUGAAAGUUCYGAGGCUGUUGAACAGAAUACAUUAAAGGAAAUGAAUAACGAGAGUGAAGUGUCGGGAACUGUGGAAGAUAAUGUUGAUGUAAAUAAGGAGGUAGAUGGUUCUCAGCAGGAGUUUGUAACACCUAUUGAAGAUUCAGAAAAAGAGAUUCAAAAAGACGUAGAAGAUGUUACAAGUGAGACAGAAAAAGACAAUCUAGAAGGGGGUGAGGAUUUGAUUCCUCAAGAUACGGAGASAGGUUCUUUGAAUGAUGAGGAAAAAGAUAAAAAUAUAUCAAAUGAUAUAAAAGAAUCAUCUCAAGAGAUUGAUAAUGAACUUAGUGUUUCAGAAGAAAAUAAAGAUGUUUCUGAACAGGCUGAUGUUACUAUGGAAAUAAGCAAACAAUGCGACGAAGGUAAUGGAGAAGAGCCAAACACAGAGGAAAAACUGGAACCAGAUGUUAGUUUAGUCACAGAAGAAGAAGUUAAAAGUAGUAAUGACAAAACCUUUCAAGCCGUAGUUACCCACGAUGAGGAUGGGGUGACAGAGRAUAGGGAUACUAGUGAGGCUGGCAAAGAGCCAAGUAUGGUUGCAAAAAAUGCUGAUAUUGAAACAGAUCAAGUUAACACCAGCAAUCAAGCAGUCAUAUCUGACGAAGGAAAGGUUAAUGAAGUUAAAUCUGUGAUGGAAGAAGAUAAUGAUGUUUUGGAUAAUACAAAUGAGGCAGAAAACAUUCAAAAUAAAGAAACUAUUAAACUGAUUCCAGCCCCUACUCUUGAGGAGGAGUUAGACAUGAAGUUAUUUCAGAAAAGAAGAGAAUCAAAAUCAGAAGAAGCUCGAACUCAAGAAGGRAAAGAGGAAAAAGUUGAAAGUCAACAAGAGAAAGAGAAAACAUUGGAUAAAGAUUCAGUUAUUUCCCCUGAAAUAAUUGCUGAGAUUGAUAAUUUAAAAGAGAAAAGUUUGGUUGAUAGUGAGUCUAAUACAACUGAGGAAACACUCAUUAAUGACAAGCCAGACGGACCGGGGCAGGAAGUAGAGGUUAUAAAACUGGAUCCAACUCAGUCUCCAUCYCCUARGAAAGCUCAGUAUGAUGUAGGGGAAAGCUUGGAACCAGAUGCCUUGCUUUCAGCAACCAUCACCAACAAUCCCAAGGUUCUAGAUGACCUGGCCAUCUUACUGGACACAGAAUACCAACAUGGUGGUAUUGCAAGCUGGCAUGAUAUGGCCCUUCUACUAGAUAUACCAAAAGAAGCAUUUGAUCACUGUUUAUCCUACUCCAAGUCUAGCCCUACAGAAAGCCUCAUGAURUUCUUAUCCAACACUAAACCUCAGUUUACUAUAAGUGACUUGAAAGAUUCGUUAAGGUCUAUCRGCAGAGCAGAUGUGGUGCAUAUUCUAGAUAGGUAUAUUGCAAGAUCAAUUGUUAGUGAUGAAAGUGUCAUUUUGGGAGUCGUUGAGAGAGARGACACUGAUCUCCUAGGGGAAUUAGCCCUAAAGCUUGAUCGCAGUGGUCAACAGAACUGGAAGUCACUUGCUAGUCAACUUGAAGUCCCAAGGAGGAUUUCAAAACACUUUGGUUCACAGCAGAGACAAAAUCCAGCUCUCCUGAUGCUGAAGUAUCUUCCUAUUUUUGACCCUGAUUUAACAGUGCAGUCCUUGAAGGAUGCUUGUGAAGCUAUCAACAAGUUUGAUGUUGUGAAGUUCCUUGAUACAUCAGGAGUUCCAGGAGAUGAUGCAAUAAUGGAUAUCUUAGAAGACACAGACAUCAUUGACGAAGUUUCUGACAUGCUAAACGAUGAUGAAGUUGUACCAAACUGGAAAGACUUGGCAAAAGAACUAAAAAUUCCCGAAGUAAAAUUCACAAUUUUUGAGCCUGCAGAAAAAAAAAGCCCAACAAAAUUGUUGUUACAAAGUAUAGAACAGUGUGAACCUGAUCUAACAGUAGAGGAGCUUAUCCUUGCACUAGUAGCUAUGAAGAGACAUGACGUUAUUGAUAUGCUGUGUAAACAUUUUAAACGAUCAGACAUUAGAUCAAUUCUUGAGGAAAACAACUGUUUACCCCCAGAACCUAAAGCUAAAGAUGAAGGAGAAAACGAUGAAGACGACGAUGCAGAAUCAUUUGCUUGAUGUUACUAAAAUUUAACAGAAGGCUAUGGAUAUCUUAUAAUAUUGUACAUGUAGACUGGGCAAUUAAUGGUAACUAUUAACACCCAAAACCAUCUGUUGACCAACUGUUGGUAAGUACUGGUCGGCURAUUAUUGGCAGUUGGUCGAAAAUUAGUCGACAGGUGAUCGAUGAGCACUUACAAAAUAUGGUAUAACUUUAAGAUUCAUCAGAAUGCUAUAAAAAUAUGUAUCUUCACGUUCUUAUAUUGAUGACCUACAGCUGCAUACUACUGUGUAGGACUUACCUCAUAUAUUUGACCAUAGACUAUGAUCGCACAUGUUAAAUAUCACUUAAAAAGGUUAAGAGGUGCAUCUAAUGUGAAAUYAUUUUAUUGUACUCAUAGACUAAAGCCCUGGCUAAACAAGGAAACAUUUUUUUAGAAAAACAACAUGUUUGCUGAGUGCAUGCUUCCAUGAUGUUUCCCACUUCAGCCAUGUGGGAAAAUAUUGUUACUCGAAAAGCAUUUUGUUUCUGAGAAGCAAAAUAUGUUUCUGCAGUAUGGGAGAAACAUUUCGCUUUUCUGCACCACAUGGAAGCAAUGUUAAACUCAUUUCUUUUCAAGAGUGUGGUAAUUAAUUAAACAUUUUUCCAGAAACAUGAUUCCUCAUUUAGUCAGGAAUAAAUUCUUUCAUGAUGGUAAUAAAAUCAUUUCAUUUCAGGUGCACUAAAUACAAUCUCRUACCCAGAGCCAUCCUUCCUCUUGGCCAGCACCCUAGAGGGACUUYGCCACCUGGGCUCUGGGUACAAUUUUGUACUAAAUACUUAAGAUAAAUAAAGUUUAAAGGGUAUCAAUAUUUCAUUUUUCAAUUUCAUAAAUUGGUUAAAGAUAUAUUGUAUUAAUAAUUAUUGUUAUGCUGUAGAACAGCAUUUGUCAAAUCGUGUAGUUCCAGACAAUAUCCCUGCAUUUUUGAGGGAUAGGUACAAAAUUCCCAUGGGGGUAGGGGUUUUCAGACCAUUCAGCUUCACUAGGGAGGGUGGGGUGGGUAGAAUGGCUAUUUUCUUAAACUACACAAUUUAUUAUACAGUAACUGUACAGUUCACAUUUAAGGCUUUGACAAAAACGUGAUAUAUAAAUA